UAAACUAUCUUCCGCCAUCUUUGUAACAACAAAAUCAACAUGGAUAGUUUUAUAGCCUGCCUGUUGAAAUUGAAUAACAUAACCUAAUCGCCAAUCGCUGAAAGAUAAUGUGUUGUGAUUGUAGAGGAUAUAACCUUACUAAAUAAUUGACUAGAUGUGUUAACGUGUGAGUGAGGGUCAAGGUUUCAAAGUCUUGUUGACUAUAUUUUGUUUGUUAUAAAAUAGGAAUAUAGUUUGUGUUCAUUAUCUGUGCCAUAAGCGUGUUAAGAGUUACAAAAAUGUAUAAUAGUAGAGGAAAAUCUGGGCUUGACACUUUAGACAAUGAAAAUAUUUUACAAGCUGUCAUAAUUGUUGACACAUUUUCUCAAAAACUAAGUCCCUUUUGUGAACAUAUGCCUUCAAGCCUCAUUCCAUUAGUGAAUCGACCAUUAUUAGAGUACACUCUGGAAUGCCUCUUUUUAUCAGGAGUUCAGGAGACGAUAAUAUUUUGUUCUUCAUUUGCUGAACAAGUCCGAGAUUUCAUAAGGGAGGAGAGAUGGCCUGGGCUGGCGAUCAAUAUAGUUGUGUCCGAAGGAUGCCGGUCGCUGGGGGAUGCUAUGAGAGACUUGGAUACCAAGGCGUUGAUCCGCAGUGACUUCAUCCUGCUCACAGGCAAUCUUGUCAGCAAUUUGCAGCUCAUGCCUGCUCUGGAAAGACAUAAACGCAUCCAAAAAGCUGACAAAGGUGCUGUGAUGACUUUAAUUUUUAAAGAAUGUGGAAGAAGGUGGAAAGCACCAGAGGAUGAUUUCACAGUUGCGCUUGACUCAAAAACAAGUAGGAUCUUACUCUACAGUAAGAAAUCAAGGAGUCAAGGAAAAAUAGAUAUUCCUAUGGAAACAGUGCUGGAGACUGCGGAGAUAGACUUACGCAGUGAUCUGCGGGACACAGAUGUGUGUAUUUGUUCUGUGGCCAUCCCCCCUCUGUUCUCGGACAACUUUGACUACCAGACAAAGGAUGACCUUGUGCGAGGGCUGCUAGUCCAGGAAGAGGUGGUAACCAACUCACUGUAUUGCUACAUGUUGCCCAGCAAGGAGUAUGCGGCUACUGUUACCUCUUGGGCUCACUACCAGUACAUCACACAUGAUGUGAUUCACCGUUGGACAUAUCCGCUGGUUCCAGACAUGUUCAGACAUGACCCGUAUCUCUUCAGACGGAACAAUAUUUAUAUCCAGCCUGAUAUCAGUCAAUCCCAGGAUUGUAAACUGGAGGAGGAUGUAGUGUUGGCUAGGGGUACAUCUGUGGGACAAAACUCGUUUAUUACAAAAUCAGUUGUUGGGAGGAAUUGCCGUAUUGGAAACAACGUCACCAUUGAUAGUUCCUACAUCAUGGAUAAUGUCACCAUUCAGGUAUGUACUGCCCGAUAUAUGAAGUUAUUCUUAGAAAUAUUGUUAUAUAGAACAAGUUUUAAUGUUUGUUAUCGAUAUACAUGUAUAUCGGUUUUUUAAUACUGAUACACUGGU